CCGUCGAAGCCUAGGCAAAAGGGCCAUAUGAAGGUAUGCAACCUAGGUUACGCCAAGCUUUGGUUUGACAUUGUGAUGUCACCGAGGGACCUGUACAUGCCAUAUUGUUUAUUUACAUGUCACACAGUUUGAAUUAAAAGUUUACGAUGCCGGGUCACAGGUGUGCUGUCUCGACCUGCAACAACAGCAAAGUGAGCGUCAAGAAACAAGGUCUGGAUAUAAUAUUCCACAGUUUCCCCAAAGCCACAACACCCGAAGGCCUCAACAUUAGAAACCAGUGGAUUGACUUUUGUAACCGAGAUACAUUGAACGCCACCAACGCCAACAUUUGCUCCAUACACUUCACCAAGGAUGACUACGAGAGGGACUUGAAAAAUGAAUUAUUGGGUUUUAAUGUUGACUUAAUAAAAUUUGGUUUAUUAACGUUCAGGUUUUAGGUUUGCCCUGUAAGAGGCUGCUAAAAAAGACAGCUGUACCCACUUUGUUCAAGCCUUUUGAGGAGUACGAAGAAAUUAAAAUAAAGGUUAUCAAUGAUGAAGAGGAGGAGGCUGUCAGGAGUGAAGACAAAAUGUCAAUUGAGGACAAAUGCAAUGAACUAUCCAAAAAGCUGGACUGUUACAAGCUGGAGACCAGUAAGAAAAUAAAUGAUUUAAAGCAACAAAUUAGAUUUUGGAAAAAUAAGACCAUUUCAUUGCACAAGUCCCUUAGAUAUUUUAGACAAGUUGAUGGAAUAUUAAACAAAGUUAUGUUCAAAAAUCAUCAAAAAUUACGUACCAUGAUCGGAAUGAACGCCAGAAAAAACACAAGACGGCGUGUUAUACAAAACACAAACAACGAAUAAUUAAUAUAAAUUUGUUUGUACAUAUAAUUUUUUAAUAAUUAAAUGUUUCACUAUACAUAUUUGUUUUUAUUAACUUGUUUAAAUCAACCAAUCAAGUUGCGCAUGCGCAUUAAAAAAGGCGCGAAAACCUUAAGUGUCUUAUUUCAGUCUGUUCCAAACAAACCAGUCCAGUUAAGCCAUUUUAAAUACAUAAACAAUGGACAUAACAGCAAGAAGACGCCGCAAAAUCGUCACGGAGACCUACGACGACACUUACAAUCACGAUGUGUCCAUGUAUUACAACCAACCAGAAGGCAACAUCUCGUUGUCGGAAUUCGAAGAUCUGGCCCUGGAGAGGCUGCAACUGCUGCGCAUCAUUGAGCAAGCCUCCCUGAAGGGCCACAAAAUCUACUCAGAGGAUUGGAAGAAGUGCAUACGUGAAGACCUGUCAAAGGCACAGCUGCGGAAGUAUUUACGCAUGAUAUCCGGCUACUGCAGCCAGUCAGAACAAGACCACCAGGCCAGGAGGGCCGACUUCUUGUCGCACCACAUCCUCAGACUGGCCUACUGCAGGUCCGAAGAACUCAGAAGGUGGUUCCUGGCCCGAGAAAUAGAGUGGUUCAGGAUUAGGUUCCAGGCGCAGACGCCCCAAGGAGUGGUUAAGUUUUUGCAAAACAACAACCUCACCUACGUGCCCAUUUCGGUGUCCGACAAGGACGACAUCAAGUCUGAGCUGUUGAGGUCCACGGCUUAUUUGUCUGAGGUUGCCAUUGACUCCAGUGAGUUUUACAAGGUGCCUUUCACUGAAGUCUUACCGUUGGUUAAGGCCAGGAGGGUGUAUUUGAAGAGUGGGUUUGCCUACAUCCCCAGCAAUGAGCUGGUUGUGUGCAUCCAGGCCAAAUUCAGGGCCAACCUCAAUGAAGCACUGAAUAAAAUUUGCCACAAACUCCCCCACAUGGACGACGACAGGUUGAGCUCCUUGCUGACCAACAUCCACAAUAGUUACACUGGCAGGGAUUACACAGUACAAUCAGAUGUGGAGGCUAUUACUAUAGCACAACUUGAGGAGUUCUCGAAAAAGCACUUCCCACUUUGUAUGAGGUCCAUACAUGAGAUGUUAAAAGCCACCCAUCACCUCAAGCACUUCUGCAGGCUACAGUAUGGCCUAUUCCUCAAAGGCAUUGGUUUGAUGUAUGACACAGCCAUGGAGUUCUGGAGAAUGGAAUUCACCAAAGUUAUGGACUCAGACAAGUUUGAAAAAAGCUACUUAUAUAACUUCAAGCAUCAGUAUGGCAAAGUGGGCAACAUGACCAACUACUCCCCCUACAGUUGUAUUAAAAUCAUCUCCAACAAUGUGGGACCUGGUGAACAUCAUGGUUGCCCCUUUAAACAUUGGGACCCUUCAAUAUUGAGGCAGAAGAUGAAUGAACACGGGCUAAACUCCGAAGCUGUCUCCCAAGUGAUCGAUUUGGCCACACAGGGCCACUAUCAAAUCGCCUGCACCCGCUACUUCGACGCCAUCCACAACGGGCCGCCAGUGAACACGAUUAACCACCCCAACCAGUACUUCGAGGAGAGCAAAAACUUUGGCAAAGAGAAACCUAGCAAAAACAACUAAUAUUAUUCAUUGUUUUAUUUGUAUUGUAUAUUUUAAUUGUUAUUUAUACUAGUUUUAGUCUCCUUUUUAGUUGUUUUAAAGUAAUCAGAUCGUCAACUCGUUUUAUAAAAUUGUAAAAUAAAUAUUAGGCAACGAAAA